UGGCUUCACUUCCGCUUGAGCGCGAGACACCCGAGCGCGCCCCUUCUUGGGUUGAGAUCGCGCGUGCGAAGUAGGUAGGGCAGGUCUCCGCUUUGUUCUCUUCACGAUUUGUAACUCGCUAUACUACAACGACGGUCGAGGACAAAGGACACGGAGACUAAGAUUUUGAAGCUGUAAGGUAUCUACAUGGCCGUCAGAAGAGGACACAUAAGGUAUUUAAAAGUUUGUGAGGUUGAGAACCAGGGUAAUGACAGAGACUCACACAAGAGUGGCAGCUCAGUAAAGCAGGAAGAAUACGACAUGCCGAACGGUUACGAGGACCACAUGGGCGAUGAGCCGAGUGAUGCGAAAACCAACCUGAUCAUCAACUAUCUGCCCCAGAACAUGAGUCAGGAGGAGCUUCGGAGUCUCUUCAGCAGCAUUGGCGAGGUGGAGUCGGCCAAACUCAUAAGAGACAAGAUGGGAGGCCACAGUUUAGGGUACGGAUUUGUUAACUAUGUUAACCCUAAUGAUGCAGAAAGGGCAAUCAAUACACUCAAUGGCCUGAGACUACAGUCUAAAACUAUCAAGGUGUCAUAUGCCAGGCCGAGCUCUGACAGCAUCAAAGAUGCCAACCUGUACAUCAGCGGUUUACCCAAGACCAUGACUCAGAAGGAUGUAGAGGACAUGUUUACCCAGUACGGGCAUAUCAUAAACUCCCGCAUACUGGUCGAUCAGGCCUCUGGUAAUUAUUCUGUCCUGCAAUUUUCCAUCGUGAAAGUAUUCUGGGUCUCAACUCUUUUUGUGGGGCUUUCUUACCUGUUAGGCCUAUCUCGUGGAGUUGCGUUCAUCCGUUUCGAUAAGAGGUCUGAAGCGGAGGAAGCCAUCAAGGAUCUUAAUGGAUCCAAACCAGCUGGUGCCUCUGAACCAAUCACAGUGAAGUUUGCUGCCAGUCCAAACCAGACCAAGAAUUCCCAGCUGAUCUCUCAGCUUUACCCCACUCAGUCCCGUCGGUUUGGAGGACCUGUUCAUCACCAGGCGCAGCGCUUCAGGUUUUCACCCAUGAGUGUUGACCACAUGAGCGGUGCCUCUGGGAUGAACGUGUCUGGCAGCUCUUCCUCUGGAUGGUGUAUCUUCAUCUACAACUUGGGUCAGGAUGUCGACGAAGGCAUCCUGUGGCAGAUGUUCGGUCCGUUCGGUGCUGUCACCAACGUCAAGGUCAUCCGUGACUUUAACACCAACAAAUGCAAAGGUUUUGGGUUUGUUACCAUGACAAAUUACGAAGAGGCUGCAAUGGCCAUCGCUAGCCUGAACGGAUACCGCAUGGGAGACAGAGUCCUGCAAGUGUCGUUCAAAACCAGCAAGUCUCACAAGUAAAGGGACUUUUUUUUUUUUUUUCGUAAACGAAUUUAAAAAGUUUAUUGCGGUUUGUUCUAAAGAUUUCAGUUAUUGUUGACUGUCUACAUAAACAUAAUUCAUACGUCUGUGUUGGGGUGAAACAAGUUUGUGCUCUCUGGUGUUGAGCAAAAACUAGAAUGUUGCAUUAGUGGUUUUGUCCCUGAUGCCUGGCAUUUAUAAAACCCUGGACAAUUUACAAAUUUCAGAUAUAUAUCGAAAGAUAAGCUUUCUUUAAUUUUUGCCAACACUGUUACGAUGCCUUAAAGAUACCAUGGCAUUGUUGCUCUUUCCCUUCAUCACACUGGACUUAAUGGUCCCAUUUUCUUCAUUAUAUUAUAAUGUGAAAGCUUUUAGCUUUAUUGUCAGUAAAACUUCCCCACCUCUUGUAGACCUCUGUAAAUAGUGACUAGUCCAAUUCUUCAGUGCUCCAGCUCACCCAUCUGUAAGGUAAAAGAUCGUUGGAAGGACCAAAGAACUUGGAGAGUAAAGUGUAUGUCUUUAAGUUUUUUAGUUUUCCUGUUUAGAAAUUAAAAUCUAAAACCGCAAGUGUUGUCUUUUUUUUAUUUUCAUUUUUUCUUCCUCCAAUGCAGUUUUCUUUAUGAUUUUAAUCAGUUUUGUUCAUUUGAUAUUAAAGUUUGUUUUGCAUUUAACCACAUUUAUUUUCGUCUGGUUUUAUUUGGAAGGUGGUUGAAAGAAGCUAUCUUUAAAACUUGGUUUUACGUGAUCUUUUUAACCAGCGUUGAAUUCACUCCCCAUGUGGAUAAAUUGUAGUCUGAUAAAAGCAGGGAUGUAGGCACUUGACUGCAAGCUGUCAGUCUAUAGAUUUGGUUAGAUCAGUUUUCAAUUACACAUUUGCUUGCUUAAUAUUAAUAAUGCAUUUUAAUGUAGUGUUUUACUCUGUACUUAGUCUAUCCUAAAUGCAGCUUUGUACAUUUUAAUGUGAACUUGUGAAAUUUCAAUCUGUUUUUUGAGAUGCUGUCAAGUCAUGUAAAGCCACACAAAGGUGAAGAAUUGUAUUUAAUUGUUUUCACACAGUACUAGUACACAUCCGGUUUGCAGACCAACACUAUACUUGUUUGCAUGUUCAUAUGUUGGUAGGAUUGAUUUCAGUAAUUGUACACAUCAUGCUUCGGGUCUUUAGAGGUAGUGUGACUUGAGGACCUAUAGCAUGAUGUUCCAUGUUUCAUUCAAAUAAAUGCCAUUGUUUUGUCGUAAAAA